AUGGGAUCUGUCACCAGUUUGUGCGUGAAGCAUAGCACCGAUGCCUCCGCCGAGCUUGUGAAGCAAUCUCCCAAUGCGAAGCUGGGGUUGGCCGAAGGCGACAAGGUUCUACGAGCUCAGGUGUAUUCCUUACAUCACCGCUGGGAGGAGCAGGAUCGUUGGUCGGAUUGGUACGAGCUGCGACUUCUCGAAGAUGGUACCUGCACCUGGUGGAAGGCGGAGUGCGGAGCUGGUAGACUGGCCGGUAACGGAGCAACGAAGCACGACAAGUUUCUCAUGGAUGGUACGUACACCAUGAGGACAGCUGAGACAGGAAAGUUUAUCGACGUGAAGUGGCAAAACGGACGUACAGAAUCGCAUUGCGAGAGCCAGCUGCGUAAGGGUUCCAUCGUGUGA